GGUGUCCGACCGAAACGAAAGAUCUCCGCAACCGCUAAGCAAAACGAAACUAGAAUAGAGAGUUUUUAUUAUUAAUAAAUUGAUAAAUUAAUUAACAAAUAUAAUAGUACUAGAUAUUCGAAAGAAUCUAAGCAUCAGCUGAAAUAUAUAUUAUUGAAAUUAAAGUAAUAUUGAUAGCUACCUGUGACGACUCGAAAACCACAACGAAUUGUGUAAAAGUGUAAAAGGAUUUCCAAGUGUUAAAUGAAAAAUGAUUUAUUGAAGCAACUAUUGUAGAUGUGCACUGAAAAAUUUUGAAGAGAAUAUUUUUACUUAGUACGCGCCACGUUCUAUACUAAAAGUAACAUUAGUAUACAGAUUGACGUCAUUGCGAAAUACACUGCGAGAAACAAGACCGACAAGUAAAUAAACAUUUGUUUUUAUUACGAAACUUGUGUGGAGUGAGAGCAAGAAAUUUCUCAUGUUAAUUACGACGCCAGCCAAACUUUGUUCUAGUUAAUAUAUCCAAGGUUUUUAAUGUUAAUGGAAAAUCCUAAAUGAAACUCAGCGGCAGCGAAAUUGAUCCAUAUAACUUCCAAUGAACAGAGUAAAAUAUAACGAGACUUUCGCUUAGGUCGGACCACACCGCAUAUGCAGCAUAUACAUAUAUUUAAAAAAUAACCAAAAAAUAAACGACGGCUAUAUUUUUUAUAAAUGUUAACCGCAAACACGAUAUCUGUGUAAGGUUCUCACAUAAAAAAAUGGCUGAAAAUCAAAUAAAAACGACCUCUAGCAAAGGGUUCAAUGAGAGAAACGCACACAUCUUGUUGCCCCACAAUGGGGCAGUGCGUAAAUUGGAGCAAGAACGGGACUCCAAUGAAAAACAGAGCUUCCAUGAAGACUGGCGAAAGCUAGACUUAGGCAAAAAUAAAUUGAAACGUAAGAAAAAGCUGAGCGCAUCGCUCACAUCCGUUGGGGAUGCCGUCAAUCAGGAGAAACGCACACGCAUCGAGGGCAUUAAUUUGAAUAUAAAAUGCCGUUACAAGAACAAUAACGGCACAGACGAGGCUGCCAACUCGCCUGCGGCAAAAGACCCAGUCAGGCAGCCCAACAAAGUCGAAAGACCCGUUAUUAUUGGCGGCGUAAAUGUGCUUUCAGCCGCACCACAGCGCUUUAAGCGCAAGCUUCAAGAGAAUCUGGACACAAUACAAAAGCUAAACGCACUCGCCGAGCAGCUGCGUUUGGAAGUGAAUGAGCUAAAGUCCAGUCUGAUAACAGAACGCGGUGCUGUGCGCGCCUUAAGAGCGCAAAACGAUGCCGACAGUCGAAAAUGGCGCAACGAAGUGAAGAAACUGCAGCAGACGCUGGAGUCAACGAAAAAAUCAAAUGGAAAUAAGAAAAUCAACGAGCUGGCCGUGGAGGCCAGCAGUCAUGUGGCCGCCGAUGGCCUAAUCAACUAUGAAAUCCAAAGACUGACAAAUGAAAUUGCCGUGCUAAAGGAAGCAAACAAAACCAAAGAGGAGAAAACCCAGAUCAUUGGGCAGGCUGAUAGACGUAAGGCAGCUGAUAUGCGCCAAUUGAAAACUGCAUAUGAAAACCGAUUGACUCAGAUACAAAAGUCAGCCAAAAUUGAAAUAACACGUUUGCUAGAGGAAAUCAAAACCAAAGAACGUAAUAUAGGACAACUAAGAAAGGAUUUGCAGACACUGCAAAAUGGCAAGAGACAAAGUGAAGCCAAAACGAAACCCAAAACGAACGAAUCAAGCCAAAAGCUUAAGAAGCCAACUACGAAAACAACAACAACUACAAUUACAAUAGCCACAAAAGCUAAAAACGAAACAGACAUCAAUGAUAUACUAGCAAAUCCCCUAAACCAGGCUCAAGUUACAACUGAGAUAACCCAACUCAAGAAUAUUGAGCUAAUCAACAAUACGAAGAAUGUGCAUAAAUCAACGCUCGAAAUGCGUACAACAAAGCAACAGCAACAACAACUAAAACAACAACAACAACUUAAACAACAUCAGCAACAAGAAAAGCAACAGAUGAAUCAUGAACAAAUCAUGACUGGAGAGGGAACAACAACAACAACAUGGAUGGAAACGCUGCUCACGAGCAGCGCUGCCGCUACAAAGCCCACAACCAGGGAAUACCGAACAAAGGACCACAACUCGGAUACAGACUCAGCGCUGUCUUCAGCGCCGCCUUCAAUUAGUCCACAGCCACCUUCCAGUGGCGCCGACAGCGGCGUCAUGUGGCAAGCACUGCAAGAUCUAGACAAGUUGCAAAAGGAAGUGGAAAUCUAUCACAAGGAAAACGAGCGUCUGCAAAGCGAACUGCAGCUGAUAAAACAGGAACUGCUGGCAGCCGAAAAGGCCGCCCUCUCGGCCAACAACAACCACACACGUAUCAAUGAGCUGCUGCAGCGCAUCAAGGAUAUGGAGGAGCAGCAAGUGCAGCUUAACACCGAAGCGAACGAGCUGCGUGAACAGAAUGAACUGCUCGAAUUUCGCAUACUCGAACUAGAGGAUGAUAAGAUGGAUGGCACCUGUGAGGAUCAGUGUCAACGUUUGGAAAACCUAUUGCGCAAGAACGCCCAGCAAUUGGAUGACAGGGAUAAACGCUGCCUGCAACAGUUGCUGAUGUGCGUGCAGCAACUCGAUCUGGAUGCGAUGGCCGAACAGGAUAGCUGGCAGGCAACGAAAAUCAAUAGAAACCCGAAACAUAAAUUCAAGUGUGGUCUCAUUUUGCUGCCUUUGCAGACGAAAACGGAACCACGUGCCAGGCACAGUCGCAUCGUAGCCACCGUACAGCCGUAUAGUAACAGUGCCACACCCAGUGCGCCCACAACGCCAAGCAAACAACUGCAGAGAACUGGCAGCAGCGCCUGGCAGAACAGCAGCCUCAGCGAGAGCGGUGUGUUUGUCGAGUGCGAUUUAUCCACAACGUCAACGGAACGCGAACCUCAUCCCCACCUUCAAUAUUAUCAGGAGCGUCUCAUCCAGUUGGAGGGCAAGCUCCUGGUCUAUGAGAGCAGCGGCGAAACGCAGGCAAAGCAUUUGGCGGAGCGUCUGCAACGUGAGUUGCAACUGAAUAAGCAGGUGAAGGAGCUGAUCGAGCGUGUGGAGGUGCUUGUGGAGCAAAACGCGCUGCUGGACGAGGCCAAGUGUGAGUUUGAGGAGGCGGAGAACGAUACACGUCUACAUUUGCAGCGUAACGAGGAGGAACUGGAAAUACUGCGACAGCGUAACGUGGAGCUAGAGUUCGGUAAGGACGCUUUAGGCGCAAAGUAUCGGGACUGCCGUGCUGAGUGUCUGAUAUUGCGCGAGGACCUAUGUGCUGCCGAGACUCAGCUGGAGCAUCUGCGGGCGGAGAGACAACGUGCCAAGCAGCAAUUGGAGAGUCUGCGCCGAUCCAUUCCCCUACUGCUAAUUUACCACCUAUUAGCGCUUGUCAGGAUUAGCCCUGGUACCAGCAACAUGGGCAAUGAGGAGUCCCUGCCACAACGCACACAAGCUGGCGCCUCACAGCCGGCCUGUGGCCCCUGCAGUUCCGCUAAACUCAAGCAGAGCUUUAUCAAAAACUGCGCGAAUGCCAGUCAGGAUCCAGGCGCAGCGCGUGAGAUUAAUUAUCUAAAGGAAGAGAUCAAGACUUUGCGUUGUUCCCUUAAGGAUCUCAAUACGCGUCAUUAUGAGGCCAUGGAAACGGCUGACUCCCACUGGGUCGAUCUGGAGCGUGAGUACAAGUCGCGCGAGGAGGCCUAUCGUACCAAAGAGGUGUGCCUGAAGCAGAAGAUUAACAAGCUGCAGGAUUGCCUGCGCGAUGAUUCGCGCGCUGCUGCCGAGAAGAUACAACAGUUAGAGGAAACUGAGCAUGGACUGAAGACGUGCCUGGUGCGUCUGACCAAGGAGCAUCGCGAUCUGAUGGAACAGAAUCGUGCGAUGGAAAAGGAAAUGGAAAGCCGUGCGGCCGCGGAACGUCUCGCUACGGAGCAACUACAGCCACUGACCGAAGAGCUGGAGAACGAAAAGCGACGCUGUCAGACGCUGAUCGACGAUCUCAGUUUUGCCAAGAAGCUGCAGCAGAGCAUGGAGGAGCAGCUGAAAGCCGAAACUGAUUGCCUCCGCCAGCAGAUCUACGAUCUGAAGAAGGAGCUUAUGCACAUCGAGGUGACCAAUGGUGAGCUCAAGGAGGAGGUGCGCACGCUGGAGGCGAAAAUUGCAGAAAUGGAGGAACAGCUGAAUACGUGCGAAGAGCGUGCAUGUUGCCUGGAAGAUGAGCUGCGCACUAAGGAUGAGCUAGUGCAACGACUGGAGAAGAAGCUAGGCGUCUGCCCCGAAGGCUUUAGUCUGGCCGAUGAGCUCUACGACAGUCCGGAGAAGCGUGCAAAGCGUGAGGAGAUCAGAGAUCUGGAGGCAGCCAGCCAAGGCCUGGGCUGUGCUUUGAGGGAUUUGGAGCGCCGCGAACGAGAGCUGCCCACGCACAAGGACUUCCAGACGAUAGCCUGCAGUGUGAAGCAGUUGGCGGAUACCAUACUCCACGCCCAGAAGCCACCGGUGAGUGAAUGUGAAUGUGAAGGCGCUCAGGAGCGCCCGCCUACUCCAUGUCAGACUUCUGCAUCGAAGCGAGAGGCUGAGAAAGGGGAGAAGAAAGAGGGCAGUAAGGAAGGGGAGGCAGAUGCGGCAAAGGCUGCCACUGAAAAGGCGGCCGACGAGGAGGCGCCCACAGAAGGGGCUCCCGCUGAAGGGGGGACCGCCGAAGGGGUGCCAACCGCAGAGGCGCCUGCCGCAGAGGUGCCCGCCGAGGGGGUGCCCGCUGAAGAGGCGCCCGCCGAGGGGGUGCCCGCUGAUGAGGCAGCAGCUGCUGAUGAGGAGGCUGCGGAAGCACGAACCAGCGGCAACGUAACCCCACGCCGAACUGCAGGUGGCGGAUUGUCGGGCAGGGAGGGGAUUGGCCUAACCCAGAUUGGCAAGCAGUUAAAGCAGCAAAUCUGUGAGGUGCCCACAACGCUGCGCCGGCUGAUAUAUGGCAAGCAGUCGCCGCAGUUGCAGCAGCCGCUCCAGCCAAUGGAUCCGCAAGUAAAUCUCAAGCAGAAGCUGCAGGAAGCACGUUUGGAGCGGACGCAGCUGCGUCACAAGCGUCAGCAGUGCAAGCGCUUUGUCAGUCAUCGCCUCUAUCGCAGUCGUGUGCGACGCAGCGGCGGCACCAGUCGUCCAAUCGAGAUGAACCUCCAUCAUAGCUAUUCCGUUGCUAGUUUCCAUUCGGCAGCCUCGGUGCACACGGCGCACACGGAAUCAUCGCCUGGAACAUCGCGCACACAGUAUGUGGAGAUCAUCGACGCACAGUGGGAGCAGGCGCAGCUGAAUGGCCUGGCCCAGACGGAUCCCAUCAGCUCGCAAAGCCAGCUGGUGCAGGCGACGCCGCAGGUGUGCGACCAGCAGCUGCAGACAGAGUGCAACACCCAGGAGUGUGGCAUACAAGCGGAGAAUGUAUGCGUGGAGGCGCGCCUGCUGCUGCUGCCGGGCAGAACACGUGCCUUUAUGCAGCUGCUGCAGGAGUGCAUCAAUAUUGAGGAUGACAACUUUGGCGUGAAUGUGUUCCGGGCACGUGUGCUGCAGCUGUGGGAGGGUAGCGAAGAGUUUCGUGAGCAUAUCGAGCUGCUGCAGGAUCUGUGCACCGAUCAUACGCGUGCACGCGACACACCCGAGCUUUAUGAGAGCUACGAUGUAUUCGUGGCCGUGCUGGGCUGUGUGCGUGCCCUGAAAUUUGCUCUCAAACCAAGCAAUUCGCCGUUGCUGCACCAGUUGGAGGAGCGCAUCAAUGAACGUUUGAUAAGUUUUCAUAAUCACAAAGUGGAAUCGGAAUUCUAUUGCACCAUCUACUAUCCGGUGGAGCGGCAUAAUCCCUUGAAAUUCGGCGAGGAUACGUGAAU